CCAUCUCAAGCUUGGGAUAAUUGAAAUGUAAAUUGAAUGGCGCUGAUCGUGGCAUGGUUCAGUGCAUCUUUCCAGCGUAAGAAGUAUAGAAGGCACUGCCUGGUUUAGGUAGUCUACUGUAUUUAUAAAACCGCCCUCCUAUUCUGUCCACCAUCUCAAGCUUGGGCUAAUUGACAUGUAAACUGAAUGGCGCUGAUCGUGGCGUGGUUCAAUGCAUCUUUCCAGCAUAAGAACUAUGGACUUUAAUUAAACCGCAACGGCGACGUCAACUGAUCGAGUUUUAGAAGUAGUCAUUUAAUGGUUGCAGGACCUUUUGGUAUAGUGUUUAACAUUUCGGCUAUAAUUAUCUGACGAUUCGUGGAACAGAAUGACAAACAUCAAGCUGGUAUUAUCACAAGAGGGUGUUUAUGAAUAAGACAUGGACCACGACGAAAUCAGCCUAUCAGGAAAGUCCAACCUAGAGGCCACGCCCACCGCGUCCAACGAUAACACUCUGGUGAUGGAGAAGAACCAAUGGCAAGAGACAGUAGUCGAUGACACGCCUACAAUCAAAAGCAACCCAGCUGCAAGUGAGGGUGAUUCUGCUGCCGCUCCGACGUCAAAGUUCACUUUCCACCAGAAGAUCACCUUUCUUAGCGUGGCUCUGACCUCGCUCUCAACUUGGUCCACCUACUCCGUCAUUGCAGUCUUUUUUCCGACAGAGGCUGCAGCGAAAGGAAUGUCACCAACGGUCGUCGGCCUUGUGUUCAGCAGCUUUUCCGUCGCGUCUGGAAUAAGUGCGCCCAUCUUUGGCAAAGUUCUGCCGCUUUUUGGUGCCCGUUUUGUAUUUCUGGCGGGAGCGUUUGUUACCGGCGGUUGCAAUUUAUUGUUCGGUUUUCUUGAGAAUAUGGCUCCUGGAGCGACUUUUACUGCAUUCUGUUUUGCCAUACGGACCCUAGAGGGACUUGGAUCGUCCGCCUGUAACACUGCCAGUGGUGCCAUCAUCAGCUUCACCUUUCCAGAAAAUGUCGGCGCUGCAAUGAGUUUGUUAGAAUGUGUCAUCGGAAUGUCGUUUGCAAUUGGACCUGCAAUGGGUGGACUGAUCUAUAAUGCGGGCGGUUUCAAGCUCCCGUUCUUUGUUCUUGGAGGGCUGGUCUUGGUCUGUUUUGCAAUCAAUUACUUCCUGAUGCCCGAUCAUGCGAGUGAACAUGAGGAAAGUGGGUCAAUGGUGCAAGUUUUGAAGAUACCAGCUAUUUGGGUGCUGUUACUUUUCCUUUGUACAAGCACGGUCGGUUUCUCAUCAAUGGACCCAGUAUUGUCGCCUCAUCUUCAACAGCUUGGUUAUGGCGUUGUUGGCAGAAGCUUAACGUUCGCAGCCUUUGGAGCCUUCUACGCCUUCUCUGCGAUCCCGUUGGGUUACAUCGUUGAUAAAAAGGGGUGCACCAGAACCCUAAUGGUUUUGGGAGCGUUCGGCACUGUGAUAGGUUUCCUUUUACUGGGGCCUUCUCCCCUCCUUAACAUUACUCCAUCCGUGGUUUUAAUUGGUGUGGUUUUACCAUUUAUCGCGAUUAUGCUAGCCAUGAUGACUAUCCCAACAUUGCCAGACAUGCUCAUCACAGCAAAAUGGUAUGGAGUUCCUGAUAAUCUGGGACUGAUCGGUAUUGUAUCAGGUCUGUGGAAUGCAGUCAUGUCUUUCGGAGCAAUGCUGGGUCCUAUUGUCAGUGGUACCUUGACUGAUCACUACGGAUUUGAAUAUUUUACAACAGUAAUCGCAAGUUGGUUUGUUGUUGUUAUGCUGAUCGGUUGUUUCUUUGGAGUCUGGGAGUACAGAUGUGGAAAGGGGAGGAGAUUGCCGAAAGAAGGGGUUGGUGUGAAGGCUAGCUCGACAGAAGAAGAAAAGGUGUUGCUUCUUUCGGAAGAAGCUUAAAAUGUUCUGUUUCUGUCCUCUUUUGUAUGAGUUCAUGCAUCUCUUUAAUAUUUUGAAGGUUGUUUUAAUCUACAUAUUUUGCGCAACGUUCGAGCGAAUAAAACAAAUGAGAGUGCCUUUAUGAUCGGUUACUUCGCAUAAACAUGUACUUUGUUGUUUUGUUAAUUCCAAGCUACUUGCAUUGAAAAGGCUGUGUUGCAUUUCUCAACAACACAUUGUUUUGCAUAGUUUUGGAUGAUUUAUGUGCGAAGUCAGUUUCAAUGGGAACCAUUUAGAGUGCGAGCAUAAAAUUAGUUAUGCCGUUAAAAUGUUUAUUAACACAACAUUACUUUAUAGAGUUUUGUGAAUAUUUUAUGUUGUAUGUGACAGCUGAUAUUAUGCAGUUCGAUUCAUAGUUAAAUGCCGUAGAACUAAAGUUUGUUCAAAACAACGGGUUUUCUUUUUAUCUUGUUUCAAUAAUUAUCCUCUGUGUUAAUGUUGUCUGCGUUUACAAAGCUUCUAAAAGAUUUUCUGCAAAUGUGUGAUUUGUUAUUGAUAUGGUUACGGCGGUAGUCGUGUGGUACUUGUUAUUGAUAUGUUAUUGAUAUGGUUAUGGGUGUGGAUGUAUGUGAUAUUGGUAUUGACGUGCAUGUAAUUGAUAAUAAUGGAGUUUGGGUAUUGGUAUUGGUUAUGGGUAAGGAUAGCUGUAAAAGAUAUAGGUUAUGAUUAACUAGAAACAUAUGAUUUUGCGGGAAUCGAUUUGAUAAUAUAUGAUCUUCAUUUUAUCUAGUGCGCGUCAAAUCACGUGACCCUUCCUUCCGGUCGAAACCGGAAGUGCCUAAUGAUUUGAAAGUGGAAACAGAUUUGAACUUGCUUUCCACGAUGUUAGUCUGUGGGUGGAUUGACCUUUCAAAAAAAUAAAGAUCGGUGACGCCAUGAAGUGUUCGAGCGAUCAGCUUUCGAUCUUAAACUGUAAGUUGUUAAAUAUCAGUAUUUCCAUUUGUGGACAGGUUCUAUUUACGAGGUUAAGAACUGAAAACGGUAUUUUUUUUCUCGGGACUCAUUUUAUAAGGAUGCAGUAGUUGCCUGCGCCUGUCAAAUCACGAUUUGCAUGCCCUCAAAUUCUCAGGUAUUAGAGCAUUUUGUGGGCCAUAAACUUUGUUUACAUACAUGUAUCAUGAUAUUUCAUCCCUAAAUCUCGUUAAGAACAUUUGGUAAAAACGUUUUGAUAGUAAUUUAUUAUCGCCUUGACACCUGAUAAAACGUAUCAAUUAAAAUCACGUUAUUAAAAAGUGUGUAUAUAAAAUCAUAGUUCAUCCCUAAAUCUUGUUUAAAACAUUUGGUAAUAACUUUUGAUAAUAUCGCUUCAACAAACCUGAUAAAACGUCAAAUUUGAGGCAUUCAAAUCACGUUAUUAAAUUAUUUAUUUUUAUAUCAUGAUAUUUCUAUAUAGUCAAUAAAAUGUUAUUAGGUGUUGGGCUGGACUUGACAGCCCAACACCUACUGUUUUUGUACGAA